AUGUCCCUGGAACAAAGACACACAUCCUGUCGAGCGGCUGCGAACGGACAUCUUGAGGUCGUUCAACGGGUAAGGAGAAACGGAUGCGCCUGGACCAAGGACAUGUGUUCUCAAGCGGAUAAGAACGGACACCUUGAGAGCCUUGAAUGGGCAAGAAACAACGGAUGCCCCCGGGACGAGACAACGUGCUCUGAAGCGGCUUCCGGCGGACAUCUCGAUGUGCUUCAAUUGGCAAGAAGCAGUGAAUGCCCCUGGGACGAGAGUACGUGCUCUCAAACGGCUUGCAACGGACACCUUGAGCGGCUUCGAACGGACAUCUUGAGGUUCUUCAAUGGGCCAGGAAGAACGGAUGCCCCUGGGACAAGGACACCAGCUCAAACGCUGCUUGGAACGGCCACAUUUCAAUGGGCAACAUACAACGGAUACCCCUGGGACGCGAGCAUGUGCGAGGAAGCGGAAGGGGACGGCCAACUUGAGGUCCUUCAAUGGGCUAGACCCAAGGGAUACCCCUGGUCAAGAUACGAUUGCCAAUACGCUGCACAAGGACACGAUGAUGUGUCUGCAUGGAUUAGCAUAGAUUGUACCUACACCGAAACACCUGACGGUGCCACAGCAUGGAGGCAACUUCCGUCGACGAGAGGGCACGGAUGGAUGGCUUUAGAACGCCAAGAAUAUAUUGUAGCAAGCAGUGAGAGUGGAGUUUACAGGGCCUUCGUUAUCAUCAUGGGAGCAAUGUUCGAUGGAAAUAUAAGCGCAGGGAUGGUAGAGGUGACGGGAGACGCCCCACACAUGUUGAAUACUGAAGUAGGUAUUCCGCCCGAGGACGGAUUCACGUAG